UGUGGAUCCGUCACCACUGGGCACGGACCACUACUCGUAAGGACCCACAGGUCCACGAGUAAGGAAUGCAUACAAAAUUGUAAAUAGCUUCCUAGAUAGAUUCCUUUCCUUUUACCUAAUUAAUCAAUCAAUACUACGAGACUCAUUCCGAUACAUAUCAUCAUAGUGAUAGUGUAUCACGAGUCCUUGUAUUGAGGUACCAGAAGGCACAAAUAGCUAUUUUUGCAGGCAGACCGCCAAUAGCAGAAAUAAUAAACAAAACAACGUGACAUCUUGAUACAUCAAUCAAAACAACCACAAUGUCGGAUCCUAAGAAAUCCAACAAUGAACAAGGCGCCAAAGGUGACGAUCCCUGGACAAGCGGCCAAACCGGCUACGGAUCAGGUGUAAACGGCGCCCAUCAAAGAAUGGAUGAAAUCGGCAGCAAACUACACACCACGAUUGAUACAAUCAAGGCACAAAUGGUUCAACAAAACGAAUCAUUCGACAAUAAAAUGGAUACAUUGAUGAACGCAAUGGACAUCAUGCAACAAUCCAUGAAAGAUAUGAAAACCCAAAUCAGCGGAUUCAGAAACAAUCCGACAACACCGGCGAUAAAGUCAUCGUCGACAACACCCCUAGCAACAGCAUCAUCAUCAUCAUCGCAGAAGUCUGCGAGACAAGCCCCCGACACAAACCAAUUCAAGCAGAAGCCUGUCAACGUCAGCGACGAAAGCCGACUGGCAAACGGUAAGCUCAAUCUACACCGCCCGAUGAACACAAGCCGCACCAUAUACACACCUCAGGAAGAGAAAGUGAAAUCAAUAUGGCCUGAAGUAGUAUUGAGCGACCAAGGUAACAGCUACGCAAGAUGCGAAGACAAGAACAAAGUCGUUCUACCCCCUACCCUCAAGCUCGUCUGGGCAGACAACAAAGUACUCGACAAACUUAAAGAAAUACAAGACAGACUGAUGAUAGCACUCGUACCAUACAACCUAUGGCCGAUAAGAAUAGCAACAGAACUGUCAGGAGACUUCCAACAAGUGUCAACAUGGACACGCGCAUGGCUACCCACCUGGGUCGAAUUCGUAGAAGCCAUACUGCAAGUACUGGCAGAUCACCACGUACUACACAGUCCGAUAACCUCAUUCGCAACCAUGUUGCCAUACCAGAAUGAGAACCUGACCAACUUCAUGCGACGAAUUCGCGAAGCAUUCUAUCGAUUGACGAUGGACGACAGAGCCACGCACCAGACACGAGAAAUCCUGAUCAACAUACUGCGAACACACGCACCAAGAGUAUGGUUGACGUGUCAGGACCACAUGGAAACAUGGAACACAGGAGAGUUAAUCGAGGAAGCCGUCAGACGAGCACGCAUUAUCGAGCAGACAGCAGUAGAAGACAAGAUAUACAGCACCCCGGAGACUACGAUACAACUACAAGGUAAAGCAGCACCAUUCUAUCACAUGAAAAUAGGUGAAGCUACACCCGAUCACCCCGGAAAAGCAGAGAUCGCGCCAGAAGACGCGAGAAGAACAGUGCCAGACGCCGCAAAACAAUCAUCUAUAUCCGACCCUCGAGAUGAUGACCGCCAAGUCAGCAUGACAGAUGAACACGGCUACGCAGCCAAAACAUCAGAUGGCGAAUGUUUUAACUGCGGUAAAAAAGGCCACUGGGCCAAGGACUGUAGGAAGAAAACACAGUUCUCCCGUAAGUCACCCUCUAACGGUGAGAAGAUCACCAUCAAAGGCACACUCUUUAAAGACAACAAGACGAAUUUCACAAAGAAAUUCAAAGGAGCUGUCAACAAGUGGAAGAACAAGAACGACAAGCGAGUCCACUUCGCCGACGACGAAGACGAUGACAACGACACAGAGGAACGCGCAUCAGAACUAGACGACGAGACCCUCGACCAAGCCCUCGAAGAUAUUUUCGGACAAUAUCUCGCGGACAAAGAGGACGAAUAG